AUGCAAAUUAGGCGUCAGACACUGAAUGGAAUUUAUUCAAGGUUUGAGCUACAAGUGGUAACAUUGGUCACCGCAUCUAUCGUAAUUUAUAGGAAUCAUACGGUUCCACUUCAGACCAACGUUCUAAAUAACCGUAUAUUAUUCGAAAUACAAAAGAGCUAUCAUAUAAAUGGGUUACAGGUUGGUGAAGUGGUAACAACCAUCCCUACUAUUGGAUUCAAUGUAGAAACAGUUGUUCACAAAAAUCUUAAAUUUCAAGUAUGGGAUUUAGGCGGUCAAACUAGUAUUCGACCAUAUUGGCGUUGUUAUUAUGCGAAUACCGAUGCUAUUAUUUAUGUAGUGGAUAGUAUGGAUAAAGAUCGAGUUGGAAUUUCUAAACAAGAAUUAUUUUCUAUGCUUGAGGAGGAAGAGCUUCGUGGUGCUGUACUGGUAAUAUUGGCAAAUAAACAAGAUAUAUCUGGUUGUAUGACUAUCAGUGAAGUAGCACAAUCACUUGGCUUAGCUGCAAUUAAAAAUCGACGUUACCAAUUAUUUAAAACAUCUGCAUUAAAAGGUGAAGGAUUGGAAGAAGCCAUGGAUUGGUUAUCGAACACUCUGUGUACACAGAAAUGA